GGCAAAUGUUAGAUCAUUGUUGUUCAAUAAAUUGUGGUUUGUACGGUUCCUGUUAGUUGUGGUUACCCUUUCUGCUUUGUAAUCUUCUACAAUUAUUUUAAAUAAUUUCUUGUGUAAUUAAUAGCAUUAUCCAUAUUAAUCAAAUCUGGUUUCAGAUGUCAAGUGAAAACCCUGCAGUUGAAAUAGGAAGUGAAGUCCAAAAAAGCCCUUUGAAAAAGAAGAUUAAGAUUGCCCAUAGUCCAUCUGAGGCUGAUUCAACUGAGACAAAUAACAGAAAAAUCCUUGAAUCAAACAACUCACAAAAUCGAACCAUGGUAACAAACGGUUCUUCGGUCACCAAGAAUGGUGGUGAUAUCGAUGAAAGCCUCUACUCACGACAACUUUACGUUCUUGGGCAUGAAGCUAUGAGAAAAAUGGCCUAUUCUGAUGUUUUGGUUUCCGGUAUGAAUGGCCUAGGUGUUGAAGUGGCUAAAAAUAUUAUCUUAGGUGGUGUCAAAUCUGUUACCAUUCAUGAUGAUCAAGUUUGCUCAAUCAGUGAUCUAUCAAGUCAGUUUUAUUUAACUGAAGCUGACAUUGGUAAAAAUCGAGCUGAAGCUUGUGUUAAUCGUCUCGCUGAGCUCAAUAAUUAUGUCCCGGUAUCUGCAUAUUCUGAAAAAUUGAAUCCAGAAUUUCUCAAAAAAUUCAAAGUCAUUGUUCUGACAGAAUCGUCUUUAAAAGAACAAAAGGCUAUCUCGGAUUUCACACAUGCUAAUAAUAUUGCGCUCAUCAUUGCCUCAGCUAAAGGGUUAUUUGGGCAAAUAUUUUGUGAUUUCGGACAAAAUUUUACCGUCACUGAUACCAAUGGAUUGGAACCCGUUUCUGUGAUGAUCGCAGGGAUCACAAGUGAAGAAGAUGGUGUCGUCACUUGUCUUGACGAAUCAAGACAUGACUUACAAGAUGGUGAUACAGUAAUAUUUUCAGAAGUACAAGGUAUGACUGAAUUAAAUAAUACAACUAGAAAAGUCAAGGUUCUUGGAAGUUAUACCUUUAGCAUUGGUGAUACUCGAGGAUACAGUCCCUAUGUAAGAGGAGGUAUCGCAACUCAAGUGAAAAUCCCUGUGGCUUUUAAUUUCAAAUCUUUCAGAGAAUCUCGAAAGAAGCCAGAAUGUCUUAUUUCCGAUUUUGCUAAAAUGGAGCGCCCUCAGCAGUUGCAUGUGGCUUUCCAAGUGUUACACAAAUUCAUCAAGAAAAAUGAUCGUUACCCUUAUUCAUGGAACAAACAUGAUGCUGAUGAGUUUGUUGAAUUAGCUCGAAAGUUUAUAUCCAAGCACAAUCUCGAAAUGGAUGUUGACGUUGAUCUUAUCUCUAAGUUCAGUUUCUUAGCCAAAGGAAAUGUUGGUCCAGUCACAUGCUUUUUGGGGGGAUUUGUUGCCCAAGAGGUUAUUAAAGCUUGUAGUGGAAAAUUUUCUCCUUUAUCUCAAUACUACUACUUUGAUGCUUUAGAGUGUUUACCAGCUGAAGGUGUCAAUGAAAAAGAUGUUCAACCCAUAGAUGGCCGAUAUGAAGGACAGAUAGCUGUGUUCGGUCGAAAAUUCCAAGAAAAAUUAGCAAAUUUACGUUACUUUAUUGUCGGGUCAGGUGCUAUUGGCUGUGAAUAUCUGAAAAAUUUCGCAAUGAUGGGUAUUGCUUGUGGCUCAGAAGGAAAACUUUAUGUCACUGACAUGGAUAUUAUUGAAAAAUCUAACCUUAAUCGUCAAUUUCUUUUCCGACCUCAUGAUGUUGGCUCAAUGAAAUCAGAGGUUGCUGCUAAGGCCGUUAAAGGAAUGAAUCCUCAAAUCAACAUCAUACCUCAUCAAAAUCGAGUUUGCCCAGAAACUGAGAAGGUUUACAGCGAUGAAUUUUAUGAAAAUUUAGAUGGAGUUCUUAAUGCUUUGGACAAUGUUGAAGCUCGUAUCUAUAUGGAUAGAAGAUGUGUAUACUAUAGAAAACCUCUUAUUGAUGCUGGAACAUUAGGAACUGCUGGUAAUGUUCAAGUCGUCAUACCAUUUAUGACAGAAGCAUACUCUUCUUCACAAGAUCCAGCUGAAAAAUCAAUACCUAUUUGUACUUUAAAAAAUUUCCCCAAUGCAAUUGAACACACGCUUCAAUGGGCUAGAGAUGAAUUUGAGGGGCUUUACAAACAAGACGCAGAAAAUGCUAAACAAUACUUGACAGAUCCAAAAUUUUUCGAAAAACCUGGAAAAACUAUGGACAUGAUGGAGUCUAUUAAACGUGUAUUGAUAGAUGAAAAACCCAGAUCAUUUGAAGAUUGUGUCGCAUGGGCUCGCCAUCAUUUUGAACAAAACUUUGUCAAUCAAAUAAAACAGCUAUUAUUCAAUUUCCCUCCCGAUCAAUCAACUAGCUCUGGUGCACCUUUCUGGUCUGGUCCUAAACGAUGUCCUCAUCCUCUCAAAUUUGAUGUCAACAAUCAAACUCAUCUUGAUUAUAUUGUUGCUACAGCAAAUCUUAGGGCCUACUUAUAUAGUCUGCCACAAACCCGUGAUCGUUCAAAAGUAGCUGAGAUUGUUAAGCAAAUUCACGUACCAGAAUUUGUUCCUAGGUCAGGUGUCAAGAUUGCCGUUACUGAUGCUGAAGCACAAAAUGAUGGUAGUCAACUUGAUAGAGAUAGAUUAAAUCAAAUCCAAAGAGAACUCCCAUCUCCUACUAAUUUAGCUGAAAUUAAGAUUAAUCCAAUAGAUUUUGAAAAGGAUGACGAUGAAAACUUCCAUAUGGAUUUCAUUGUAGCAACAUCCAACUUACGAGCCGAAAAUUAUGAUAUAGCACCCGCUGACCGUCACAAGAGCAAACUUAUUGCUGGAAGAAUCAUCCCAGCAAUUGCAACCACCACUGCCGUAGUUGCUGGAUUAGCGUGUUUAGAAUUGAUUAAGUUGGCUCAAGGUCAUCAAAAACUUGAUUUCUAUAAAAAUGGUUUCGUCAAUUUGGCUCAGCCUUUCACCGGUUUCUCAGAGCCUGUUCCGGUUCAAAAACAGAAAUAUUAUGAAAACGAGUUUAGUCUCUGGGAUCGAUUUGAAGUUGAAGGUGAAAUGACUCUUAAAGAGUUCUUAGACUAUUUUAAGAAUAAACAUAAGCUGGAAAUUACCAUGCUUUCACAAGGAGUCUGUAUGCUAUAUUCAUUUUUCAUGGCUGCUGCGAAACGAGAGGAGCGUCUAAAUAUGAACUUGGUGGAGGUUGUGAAGAAAGUCUCAAAGAAAAAGAUUGAACCUCAUGUUAAAGCUUUGGUAUUUGAAAUAUGCUGCAACGAUGAAUCAGGUGAAGAUGUCGAAGUACCUUACGUUCGGUAUACUUUACCUCCAAAUUCAACACAAUAAUAUCAACUUAUCGUAACAAAAUAACAAAUUUUCCACUUUUUAUUGGUUAUCUCUUAUGUAACAAAUGAAACUAAUUAAAAAAUUGGAGCAAAUUUAUUUCCUUCAUUCUAAAGCUA